GCCAUUGCAUUACGCCAUCUUGAUCCGAGUUAGAAGGGGAAGUAUAUAAACAAGCACCUUCCGCCCUGUUAGUAAAGGUGGACUUCACACAUGAGCCUUCAAAGUUCAUCCAAAAUGUCUCACCACAAUCUUUCAAUGCUUCUACCCCAUGUAACACUCGCGAUGCAUUACGAUGAAGUACCUAUGAUGUCAACAUUUGGGUCUGUUUUCUGCUUGAAUACGCCCGAAACCCAGUGUCCUCUGUCAUUCCGGAAGAAAACUGCACCUUUCCUCGACUCAGUCAUAACCUCCUCUUAGGACUUAUUACAAAAAAUAUCAAUAUUAAAAUGUUAUAGUAUAUAUAUAUGAAGGAUAGGCAUAAUCCAUUGCUCAAAAUUUCAAGUGAUAUUUGUUUUAUACUCUGCUUGUAAUCUGUAUGUACUGGAGAGUACUCUCCAACUGUUGCCAGUCACACAAAAAUGAAGUAUAAACAAAACAUGCAUCAGGAAAAGAAAACAGCUGGCAAUACAUUCAGCCCAUAACCCAUUUACAUCAGCAAAGACUUUAAUAGAUAUACUUUAGUGUGGUUACGGUUAAAUUAGUGAAAUGGGGGAUCCAAUAACAAGGAAAAGUGCAGCUGUAAGCAGAUUGCGGAAUAACCUCCGUAAAAAGAGGGAAGCUUUAGCAGAUCAAUUUGACUUCAAGAUGUACAUAUCGUUUCAUUUUAAGGAUGAGAAAAAGAAAAAUGCACUCUUUGAGGUGGCUGAAGUUUUGCCUGUGAUGACAAACAAUUAUGAACACAGCAUACUGCAAGGCGUAAAGAAUGAUUCAUAUUCAUAUGAAAGCUCACGUGAGCUGAUCGAGAAAGAUGUUGUCCAAUUUCAUGCUCAUAGAUGGCAACCCUUGAGACGAGAUGUAAUUGGUUGUACUGGACAAGUUGACUUUUUUUUGUGGCCUCGCAAUGAUAUUGAAAAGAUUCAAUGCCAUUUAUUUUCCCGGUGGAAGGGUGAUGAUACCCCUUAUAAGCCACUUAAUGCUGAAUACAUUUUUCGCAGUGAUGACUAUGAGCGUCAGCUAAUGCGAUUAUUAACUGUACGGGACAAAACUGGACUAAUUGUCACAAAUACAGAUCAGACUGUUUUUCUUUUUGUGGACAAGCAGCAUAUGCAGACAAAUAAAAACAAAGUGAUGGUCUACAAACUACGCAGUGUGUGCCUUUACAUGCCCCAGGAUCAACUGAUGAACUGGGGUGCUGGUACAAUCGAGGAACUGGUUACCAGUCACUUUAUGUGACUUUGAAGUCAUAAUGCUACUUCAAGAAGUACAUGCUGUUUGAGGUUCAUACAUAUGAAUUCCAUUCACAUUUGUUUUGUCAUAAAAUCCUUUUUUCAAAAAUAGAAGACAUUUUUAGGGACAAGUCGUAAUGUAUUAUUUAUUUAUAAGUAAUCUCUCUUUGUUAUCUCUUUAGACUAAAUGAAUGGCGGAGUUGUUUUACAUUCUGUUAUGAAAACAUUUUAACGUGUUGAUGAUUCUUAUAAUUUGAAAAGCUUCUCGCAGAAGUCUGGGUUUUGUUAUAUUUUUUUUCCACCUUGGAUGCAGCUAUAAGUCCAUAAAUUAUUAUUUACUGUUAAACUGAUUGCAAGACCAGCUUACCAAAGUCAAUCUCCUAAGCACAAAACAAAUUGAGGAUGUUAAAUAUAAAUCUGGGGCAGUGGGCUUACUUAUUGUUUACAAUUUCUGAGUCACAUGUAAGAGUAAGUUAACAAAUAAUAAAUACUGUUCCCCACAAUUGAACUAUUUAAUGUUUGUACUUUCUAGUCUUCCCAACUCAAAUCUUCAUUACAUUUUACAAUCAUACUGUUUCUUAGAAAGGAUUAUUUAAAUUCACUGUUUGAGUUUCUAUUCCUGAGAGUUAUCAUUUUUUGAUGAUUUCUUUAAGAAUUAUAUCAUCUGGUAGUACACGAACUUUAAUUCCUUUAGGUUCCUUAGACUGGGUUUUUUAAAACUUUGACAAAAAUUAGGGUUUACAGGUGACGUAAUGUCAUUGUCACAUUGUGUGGACUCAGCCUACUCAUACACUCUACUAAUAAAAACUAGCAUGAUGACCAGUUGAAUAUUUUCUGUCUAAGGUGACACAUUGAUGAAAUUUAUAUAGAACUCACUAUAACUUACUAGCAUAGGGCUUGUAAAAUAGUAGAGAAAAACCAACUGAAGCAAUUGGUUGGAUUAGUGUGUGCAACUGCUGAAUGUACAAUUACCUUAUAAGGUCGCUUUAAUGAAAUUUGUUUUUAUAAGACAAAUUCAAGAUUAAAAGCCAAUGUGAAAGGUCUUCAGAACUGCCUUUUUUGUGGUAAAAGUGUUGCUGUAACAAUUCUUUCCUUAAGGUUUUUUUUUUUUUUUUGCUUAACAAUUUUGGCAGCUUUAGCCAUUCAUUUACUUCUGUUUUUGUUUAACAAAAUGUUACUAUGUUAAUCAGAUUUCUUUUUGUUUUUUUUCAAUUCCAAGAUUAUUUGUUGUAAAAAAAAAAAGAGCUGUAAUUACUAAUUUUUUGUAAUGUUAUUUUCAUUCUUGUAAAUGAGAGACUACUGGAUGAGAAAUGUCUGACUUUUAAGUUAUUAAAAACCAACUUAGUUAUUACAACACGCUGAUUAAGUAAUAAUUUCUAAUUAAAAUUCAUUAAAUCAUUUAUUUCUGUAACCUUUUCAUUAUAAAAUUUUCAGUGAUUACAAUUUAUUGUAAUAACUGAGUAUGUUGAAGAUGAGUGAUGGUUAUUUGCUUCUUAAGUUGCAGUGUUAACUAGUAUUUUUACUUUUUGUGUGUGUUAUUGUUUGAAGGCAAACUUGCUUUCUCAUGAAAAGAAUGGUACAAAAAAUUGUUGUUUUCAUUAUGUUAUGUUGCCAUUCCUUGCUUAACCAUGCCAUAUUUCAUGUUUGUAUUGCUUGAUAAGCAGUUCACAUUGUUUGUAAACAUUUUGCCUCAAAGCUCAUCCUGCAAAUAGGAUUCCAGAUGAGCUUCUUAUUGAAAUUAUUUAGGGUAAGUGCCUUACAAAUUAGGUUGCAUAGAUACAUUUGAUCAAGUGCAUGUGAAAAAUUUAAAUGUGACUUCCUUUAUUAUAAAGUGUAAGUUUUUUUAUCCAACUAAUAUUAAAUGGGUUUUUUUU